UUUAGCUCUAGGCGCCAUCAAAUGAAAAAAUGUAGGAAAGGAAAACAAAACCCUUCAAAAGGAUAAAAAGAAAGAAAACUGAUUGUGGUCUAUCCAUGUGCUUCACCUCAGUCAAAGUUCAUUCUUGAAACCUCGUUGUAAGAAUCACAUCAUAAUGGUGCAAGGAGUAGACAUGGAUAAUGCACACAAGAUACCACAACCUGCCUCCCCUGUAGAAGAUAAAUGUGACCCUAAGAAAAUUCAGCAGCCCAAAAUAGAAGAAAACAAAAAAACAGCCCAUCCACAUGAUAAUGCAGCUGUCAAAACGUUGACAUAUUAUAAUCGUACUGGAGUUCGCUGGGUUCGCUGGCUUGUCAAAGCGGCAUCUAAAAUUCUUGCUGAGAUUCCUGUCCAGGAUGUAAUUAGAGAGAUAAAAAUCUUCAUGAGUCACCACCCUCUUGCUGCAGCGUUUGUGGCUUCAGUUGCAGUAGCGUGUGGAAUACCAAUCUUCAUUUUUGUGGCAUUUGCUGUCAUUACCAUUUUGUUUACAUUUGGCGGUUUCAUCAUCAUUGAAGGUGCUGUGUUAGCUGCAGGUUCAUUUGCUCUUGUGGUGUGUUUGGCGACAAUGGUGAUUGCCUUCAUCACUGUAAGCUUCUUUGCUGGACUUCUUUACGUAACAUUCACACAAAUUGACAGCAUGGUUCGUUUACAUGUUCCCAGUGGAGAACCUGCUCAACCAUUUGACUCUCGCUUGCCUCAGGUUUUAGCUAGCUUAAGAAAUUUACCAAAUUCAAGUCGUCAAAGUCGGGUCAGAGCAAUGCAGCCUCCACUGUCUUCUAAUAAUUUAAAUGGUCACGUGCACACGCACAAUUCUAAAUAAUAUUUGAUUCUGACUUGCAGAUACUAUUAUAGGAUUUUAUAUUAUAAGAUUUAUUUAAGAUAUAAUUUUUCAUGUUGUCCUAUUUUAAAUUUAACUGACUGAAUAUGUACAAGUGCAUACCAACAUUCCUGUUUGUCAAAUAAAUAUUUUUGUCUA